UGUGUGUGUGUUUGUUUUUUGAGUGCAUGUGUGGGUUUGUGUGUAUAUGUGUGUGUCUGUGUUUGUUUGUGUGUGCAUGUGUGGGUUUGUGUGUGUGUGUGUGUAUGUGUUGUGUGGGUUUGUGUGUAUAUGUGUGUGUCUGUGUUUGUUUGUGUGUGCAUGUGUGGGUUUGUGUGUGUCUGUGUUUGUUUGUGUGUGCAUGUGUGGGUUUGUGUGUAUAUGUGUGUGUUUGUGUGUGGGUUUGUGUGUGUGUUCAAGCGCUGGUCUCAGGUCAGUAGGAUGAGCCUUUUGCGAUGGUGCUGAGGAGAGAGAGAGGAGAACAGUGGAGGAAUGCGAGGGGGGCCGCUAGCCAAUCAGGAACAGGGAGUCAGCCCCGGCGUCCAAUGAGAGAGCGGCAGAGCCCCCCCGCGGUGGGAUACAUAAGGCACCGGGGGAGGGGAGGGAGCAGCGGCACUGCAGAACCGAGCGCGAGCGCGAGGCAGGACCAGACAAAGGGACGACAUCACCACCCAGCUCGGCUGCGGCAGCCCAGACCUAGUCUGAUCCCAGAGAGGAACGGCUCCCUCCCUCCGUCUGCCCGUCCGUCCGUCUGUCCUCCUCCGCUCUUCCUCCUCUCCGCCGUCGCGCUCGCGCCCGCGCCCAACUAGCAACCAUGCCUGAGUGCUGGGAUGGGGAACAUGAUAUCGACACCCCCUAUGGCAUGCUCCACGUAGUCAUCCGGGGGGCACCCAAGGGGAACAAGCCUGCUAUCCUCACCUACCACGAUGUGGGGCUCAACCACAAGCUGUGCUUCAACUCCUUCUUCCAGAAUGAGGACAUGCAGGAGAUCACUAAGCACUUUGUGGUGUGCCAUGUAGAUGCCCCUGGGCAGCAAAUUGGGGCCUCUCAGUUACCCCAGGGGUACCAGUAUCCCACCAUGGAUCAGCUGGCGGGCAUGCUGCCCAGCGUGGUGCAGCACUUUGGAUUUAAGAGCAUUGUGGGAAUUGGAGUUGGGGCUGGUGCCUACAUCCUGGCCAAAUUUGCUCUGAUUUUCCCAGAUCUUGUGGAGGGUCUGGUGCUGUUGAACAUUGAUCCCAAUGGGAAGGGCUGGUUUGAUUGGGCAGCAAGUAAGCUGUCUGGACUCACCAGUGCCCUGCCAGAUACUGUCCUGCCCCACCUCUUCAGCCAGGAGGAGCUGAUGAGCAACACGGAGCUGGUGCAGAGCUACAGGCAGCAGAUCAACAAUAACAUCAACCAGUUCAACCUGCAGCUCUUCUGGAACAUGUACAACAGUCGUCGGGAUCUGGAGAUGAACCGUACUGGUACCGUGCUGAACGCCAAAACCAUCAGGUGCCCUGUCAUGCUGGUUGUUGGUGACAAUGCCCCAGCAGAAGAAGGAGUGGUUGAGUGCAAUUCCAAGCUGGACCCGACUAACACCACCUUCCUGAAAAUGGCGGACUCCGGUGGCCUGCCCCAGCUCACACAGCCCGGAAAACUGACUGAAGCUUUCAAAUACUUCCUCCAGGGAAUGGGCUACAUUGCGUAUGUAAAGGAUCGAAGGUUGAGUGGAGGGCCAGGUACUUCCUGUUUCCUGUAUAACUGCGCGCGCUCCAGGACGGCCUCCCUGACCAGCGCCAGCUCCGUGGAGGGCUCCCGCGGGCGAGCCUGCACCCACUCGGACAGCAGCGAGGGGGUGGGCCAGCUCAACCACACCAUGGAGGUCUCCUGCUGAGCGCGCGCGGACGCACCCACGCGCCGAGGAAGAGGAGGAGGGGGGGCGCCGCCAGCGACCGGGAGAGGGGCCGGCACAACCCCACACCACAGUCUGCCCGGUUUGCCUGGGGGGGGUGGUGGGGGGGUUUCAGGCCUUCCUGCUCUCCCGCUCUCUCUGUCUCUCUCUCUCCCCUCCUCGCUGUCUUUCUUUCUCGCUCUAGCACUUCUGCCUUCCUCUCUCUCUCUUUCUCUCCCUCUCCCUCCUUUCACUCUCUCUCUUUCUCUCCCUCUCCCUCCCUUCUCUCUCUCUCCCUUUCUCUGUAAUUGUACACAGACCUUAUUGUCCCCAGAACUGAUGAAAAUGUUUUUUGAGACGCCAUUUUGGAUACCCUUUCCCCUCUCCCCCCGUAGUUGUGUUCAACGGUAACCCCUCCCAUCUCCCCCCACCCCACCCCACCCCAUGCCUGUUCCCCUGCCUCUGAUGUGUCAGUCAUCUGUUGGAUCACCGAAGGAGAUGUGGAGGGGGGUGGGGCAGGGCUGUGGGGUAGAGAGGUGGAGGGGGAGGGGCGGGGCUAAGGGGCGGGGCUGUUCAGGUGUGCGAAGCUCGCCGGGGGCCGAUGUGCAGCAGGUGUGUUCACAGGUGUUCGUCUUGUGAAGGCAUGCGAGUGAAGGCAUGGUGCGGGUGUAACGGGUGGAGAGGAUGUGGGUGUGGCUCUGUGUGUGUGCGUGGGGGGUGGGGGGGGCGGUGGGUGUGGCACUUACUGGGUGUGUUCGAGGCCUGUUACACGGUGGCAUGUAGCCCCACCCCUGCCCUGGGAUAGGACCGCCCACUCUAACUGGCACCUUCUCACCCAGACACCCUGUGAGGCCAGGAGUGUGGAGUUACCACGGCACCACCAAUGAAAACAUUGCUCUACUUCUCAAGCACAUUAAGGUUCAGUUUGAAGUGGCAAAGUCAUUGUAAGGGCAUAGGGGUACAGUGGUCUUAAGGCUGAUAGAGCCUCACUCUCCACCCAGCAAAACACAGCACUGAUAGAGAGCUGUGUCUCACUGAGCAUGCUCAGAACGGCCGCUGACUGGUCUCUGCACUGAGCAUGCUCAGAACUCCUGCUGCUGACUGGUCACUGCACUGAGCAUGCUCAGAACUGCUGCUGCUGACUGGUCGCUGCACUGAGCAUGCUCAGAACUGCUGCAGUUGAGUGGUCACUGGAAUGAGCAUGCUUAGUUAAGCUUUACAGACAGAAAGCUGUACAUGGGUGAGUUGUUGGUGACCAGAGCACUAGCAGGGAUGGGUUAGAGAUGCAGGUCAGUGUGUUAGGUUCAUGAUGAGAGAGAAAGAGCUUCUUGUGUCAGUCAGUGGUUUUUUCAGUGGUAUUUCAGUGGUUCUUCAGGCUGGAAUUCAGGCCUAAAGACGAGACGAGGGCAACAUAACAUUUACCUCCACGACAUCACGUGACAUAUACCUCCACCCAAGUGCGAGAACAUCCACCUACCUCCACCUGUAGAAGGCUCACCUGCACGCGGCUCCAGCCCCCCCCCGGUUCGCGGUCCGGGUCCAGAGAGAUGCAGUUCUGUUCAGGAUCGGCCCAUGUGGGUCUCCCCUCCGACGACAAUCACGUUCCCUCUCAAACCAAAACCGGGCCCGGGGGGCCGAGGCAGAACGGGCGGGGCCCCGGGGGAGGCGCCGGGCCGGGACCGCGUGGGCGGAGGGGGGGCGGAGCUUUAAACGCGGGGACCCUCCCCCCAGAGCGCCCAGCCCUUAUCAUGACUAUACCAAAGCUACACACACAGACGGUGGCUGGGUACUGUGGGGGGACGCGACCGCAAUGCGCACACUCACACUCACACACACACACACACACACAGACACACACAUGUACACACACACACACACGCACAUACACUCACACACACACACACACACACACACAUAAACACACGCGCACACGCAUACUGCACACACACACACACUCACACACACACACACACGUACACACACACUCACACACACACACACACACGUACACACACUCACACACACAUACACAGACACACACACGUACACACACACACACACACACACGCACAUACACACACACACACACUCACACGCGCACACACAGACACACACAUACUGCACACGCUCACGUACACACAGACACACACAUACUGCACACGCUCACAUACACACACACACACACACACACACACACACACUGCACACGCUCACAUACACUCACACACACACACACACUCACGUACACACACACACACACAGACACACACACGCACACACAGACACACACACACACACUCACACGUACACACACAGACACACACAUACUGCACACGCUCACAUACACACACACACACACAGACACAUGUACAUACACUCACACACACACACGCAUACUCUCACAUACACACAGACACUCCACAGCUACACAUGUAAGGGCGCGCACACAAGCGUGCACACAUAUGCACAAUGUAGUACACAUACACACAUACAUUACAAUUUAGACACAAAAGCAUACACAUACAUUGCAGUAUACACAAACGCACAAUCACACUGAUGCAUACAGGCAUAGAGAUUGCAGUAGACACACACACACCUCACACACACGCGCAUAUACAUUGCAGUAGACAUACAUGCGCAAACAUACACGCUCACUUUCACAUAAGCAGACACUCAUUGUCCAUAAGGCAUAAGUGCACUGGUAAGUUAUAGUAAUAGUAUCAUAUGUUAAUAAAUCGGGGCAGACUGAAAGCAGUGACUGAUAGCAUGGCUCCCUGCAGGAGUAGAGUCAGGUGCAAUCAGCCUAUAGGGGGCGCUGCCAGUCCCAGGGCAGGGUGCUGUGUGCUGCAGUGUGUGGGGCUGCCUCAGGCCUGUUUUACCCACACGAGUCUUUAUUAGCGUAGAUUUGGUGCCCACCGCGGGGCCGAGCGUGUCCAGUUCCCAAUCUUAUUUGCAAUGGCCAACUCCACUCCAUUGCCGAUUCAGGAGAGCGUAGACAACGGUUUGUGGUGCCACCAGCCGUUUCUUUUCACAUCGCUGACUACAGCUUAGCUAAGCGCAGAGUGGAGUCAGAGGAAGACCUUUUAUAUGCAGCUUUUGCAUGCAGUCCACUGGCGCCCUAUCAACCAGCAGGGGUCACAAGAUAGCGACAAAAUGCAGAUCCCAAACCGACUGAACCCCCCCCCCCCCCCAAACCUUGAGCGAUGCAAUCGGCAAUCGCCCUGUAGGGCUGCUGGGCCGCAGUCGGCACUGACACAGCCCAGAUUUUGUACGAGGCCCUGGGGCUCUACCCAGGUGAGUCUUGACUGAUCCACGUGAUGGGGGCUCAUUGGUUAUUGCCAUAGCGAUACAAACCCACUGUAUUCCCAGAGAGGCUACUCCUCUCCCUCGCUCAACUGCUUACCUGUCACUCCCAGUGCUGCCCCGCCCCAUGUGGGGGUGCGUGAAGGCAACUACUGCAGGGGCUGUAAUCUGUGUCUGUAAGGGGCGGGGCUUUUAGGAGCCAACUGCUCCAAGCUCGGAAUGUAGGGCAACCCCCACCCAUCCCCCUCCAACUCCCCGAAAAAUCACUGGUGCCCCGCCUCUCACAAACACACAGAAUCGCCCCAUAAGGGCUAUCAACUGAGGUGAACUUCCGGUACACAACGUUGCCUGGCAACAGAGGGCUGGCAGGUGGCUGCAGGGAUCCCACAGGAGGCAGCUAAGAGAAAGAGACACCGGGGGAGAGCGCCCCCUAGCAGUUGGGCUGAGAAAUAGCAUCCAUUUAAGGUGGAAUUUAAUAUAGCCUCUGACCUGCUGUUGUAUGGUCGCCAGCAGUGUGUGGCAUUGAGCUACCGCACCACCGGGCACACAGGCCUCCACCCACUCCACCCACCUCCACACCCUCCCACCUGACUCCACCAGCUCCAGCAAAAAACCAGACUCGCACACACAGAGCAUGUCUCUGUGGAAGAAAUAAUCCCUCCCCUCUCGGUCACAGCUGAGCUGUGAUUGGUCAGGAACCCUGAGGAGGGAGUGACUGAGAAGAGUGGAAGGAGGAAUGAGAGAGAAAGAGGACAGACAGAGAACGGAGGGCGUCUUACAAAAAGCACCUUCAUUGGAGACGGGGAGGAAGGACACGGGGGGGAGGAGGGAUAGAGAGGAGGAGAAAAAAAGGAUGGUGUUAAGGGGUAGACCACGCUGAGGAAUGAAAGAGGAGAGAAAAGGGUUGUGAGAGAGAGAGAGAGGACCACCUGUACCUGCUUCUCUGGACUGGAGAGGAUCUUAGGCGUAGAAAGGAGGGCGGGGCCUUGGCUGUAAGCGUACAGCACCUGUGGCCCCGCUUGCUGCUCCGGUUAACCCUUUGAAGAGUAGGCUUUUCUUCGAGUGUCAGUGUUCUAGAACUCCAUUGCAUUCAAUUAGCGGUAGUGAUUGUGACAUCAGCUUUAGAAUGUUCCGUUGAGAACAUUCUAAUCACAUGUUCGUGACCUCACAGCUUUAAGGGGUUAGAAGAGUGCCUGAUGAGGGAGUAAAACACCUGCUGCUGGGCCAUUCCAAAGAAGAGAGAGUGUAGGGAGGGCGACAGAGGAAGGGGGCGGAAACCGAAGCCUGUCGUCUAAUUGCGUGAUUGGAUGGCGGAAUGCGGAAAGAGAGAUGACAGUAAAGAAUGGCGGGGGGGGGGGGUUAGAGGGUGGGUGAGGGGGAGGGAGCACGGGCGCCAGGUCAGGCAGGAGGCCGUAGGAGGAGGAGCGGGUGGUAAACACUCGCGGGUGUGUUUUUUUAGGUAGAGCCCCUUAGAACAGAGAGCAGAGACGGUUCUGAGUAAACCCCCCCCCCCCCCCCAUCCCAUCCCCCCUCCACUGACCUGCAGGGGGCGCCCUGAAUGUAUGGACUCAUAGCAUUGCACGUGCCCGCGUACGUUCCGGUCCUUUCCAAGCGCUGUGCAAUAUCAUCAACGCAACCACCCCCCCCCCCUCCCCUUCACCCAAAAAAAUCCCCUUACCCCCCCCCCUCCCCCCAGAUCCCUGCGCUGUAGAUACUGCCUGUUUUAGAGGAAAGAAAAUGAGAGUCUGGCUUUGACUUACACACUGAAUUUCUCUCCCUCUAACCUGAAAUCCUCUUGGUUUUUUUUUUAAACAAUAUAAAUAGUAUUACCCUGUGGUUACAUGUGUUCUGUGACGUGUUUUAUUAUUAUAAUUACAAUUAUUAUGAUUAUCAUAGAUUCUUUUGUAUUGAGCAAUAAGUUGUUGUGUUCUCUGGCUCCUGUCUUGUGGGCGUGUACCCGAGCUUGCCUCCGACCACGGAGGGCGAGUCUUGCUGUAACCCUGCUUCAUUACGACGAACGUGUAAUACCGAUAUAAAUAUGCUGUCACUGUCCAUGUGUGGAGACGUACUUAGAAAUAAAGGCAUUUGUGUCAACGUC